GAAGAGCAGCUGGAGAGCAGUCCUCAAGCCCUGUCUGCCUGUCUGUGCUGAGUAAAGCACAGCCCCAAACCUUCUAGGCUUUAGCCUAGAACCACCCCAAGCCCCGGAGCACACUGGCACUUGAACUGAAUUUCCAGAGGCAGCAUGGACAUCAAGGAGUAUUUUGGCAGGAUUUCUUACCAGGGCUCCCACAGUAAGCCAGACCUGGCUACCAUGUCAGAUAUAGUCCAGCACCACAUCCAAGCUGUUCCUUUUGAAAACCUGAGCAUCCACUGUGGAGAAAGAAUUGAGCUGGACCUGGAAGCGACAUACAACAAGAUAGUGAGGAAGAAUCGUGGGGGCUGGUGCAUGGAAAACAACUACCUUCUGUCUUGGGUCCUGAAAACUCUUGGCUAUGAUGUCACCCUUCUGGGAGCAAAAGUUUUUGUCCCGGAGCUCGACGGCUAUCCAGAAGAUAUUGAUCAUUUGCUGCUACGAGUGGAUCUUGAUGGCAAAUCCUACAUUGCAGAUGUGGGAUUUGGGAUGGCCUACCAGCUGUGGCAACCAAUGGAGCUGAUUUCAGGGACAGAUCAGCCUCAGACUCCUGGGGUCUUUCGUUUUCAGGAGGAGAAUGGGACAUGGUACUUGGAGAAAGUGAAAAGGAAGCAGUGGGUUCUGAACCCGAGCACCUCGACUUCCCCAAAUGUGGAAGAUGAAGUUUGCCGUCGGAUUUAUCUCUUUACUCUUCAGCCACGAGACAUUGAGGAGUUCAGGGGCUGCAAUGCCCAUCUGCAGACAGCACCUGACUCCCUCUUUGUGACCAAAUCCAUCUGCAGCCUGCAGACCGCCGAUGGCGUCCGGGCACUGGUGGGGUGGAAACUCACAGAGAUAAAGUACAAUUAUAGGGACAAUAUGGAUCUUGUGGAAAUCAGAAUGCUUGCAGAUGAAGAAAUAGAGAAAACACUGAGGGAGAAAUUCAAUGUAACACUAGACAAGAAAUUUGUACCUGCCAAUACGAGCAAGUUAUCUCUGUUCUAACUCACUGCCUGGAUUACAAUUCAAUUCAGUGGCAUUACAGGCAAUUCUUCCCUCUCUUUCUGACAAGCAUCCAAAGGUUAAUCUUUCUCCUUCCAGCUACACCUGUGUAAGGCAGAACAUACUAUCAUGAAUCUGGAAAACAAAUGGAUUUUCACAACUAUUCCUGCCUUUCUUUCUAGGUUGGGUACCAAUAAUUUCUGCUAAGUUUAAUCAAAUCAUUACUCUUGUUUUUGUGCUUAGUGGGAAGCAGACUCAGCUCAUUCCCUACUCCUUCCAUCUCUUAAAAGCUUUUCUAAACACACCCAGUGUAGCUGGGCAGAAUGGUGGAGCUGUAUGUCUUUGUCUUUUCUACCUGGUGCUGCCACCUGGGGAAAAUGAUACCUGCCUCUAAAAUGAACACUAUAUCAUUUUGGGAGUGUAAUAGCCAAAACCACAAUGACAUCCUGGGCCUGUUCUCUUUGUUCUCACAUCCACAACAGCCUCUCACAUGGCACUCAGGCCAUCCCACACCUGUGCAAAUUCACCAUGUGAGUACUUGAGGACAGGUUAUUUAUGACUCAGAACUGAUGAUAAGAAAUGCUCUUGACAAUGCUUUGCUGUUUCAGACUUUGCACAGCUCCUGCUCUCUCAGUGACAUAACCAGUGACAUAACCUUUCUUUGAACUGAAAGCAUCUCCUGAGCAUUUUGUUUGCUCACCCUCAGCAGAAGACUGCUGGCAGUACAUGGUCCUCUCCUCAGAUUACUCUGGGUGCUAUUGCACAUUAAUUAUUAUAACAGAACCCAAACACAUGCACAGAAUUCUUUUUGUGAAGCAGAUCUGUUCUACUGAGGAUGUGUUUGUAGUGACACUAAUUAUAUUGAUAUAAGGAGAUGUGAUGAAUCUUAAUCACAUACCUAAGGGCUAAGAUUCCUAGUAGGAGAAACAACUCAAAUGUGACCCCUUUGCCCUUUAAAAGAUGCUUGAUGUUCCUUUAUGUACAAAUCUUGGAAGCAUUACAACUACGCACUUAUAAUUAAGCAAAUUAUAUUAGUGAAUUACAAUUAAAUAAAAAAAUCAAGCACUGUGAACUAGAAUUAUUCAGACAUUUCCCCCCCGUCAAAUUACAGCAUGUAUUCCCUUAGUAAAAAAUAAAUGUCAUUAAUCACCUAA